AUGUUCAUCUCAAGAAAAUUUCUUCCUCUGGGACUGGAUGUUGGGCUGCUGGGCUUCGCGGCGUAUUAUUUUACAAGGUUGAGGAAGCCUGAUCAGUACAAUGUGGAAAGUAUAUUUGGUCCGGAGCCAGGGUCGAAGGAAGCUGAGACGUAUCCAGAAAAAGUGGUUAAAGGAAUUGCACACAGAGGCGCGGGAUGGGAUGCGCCAGAAAAUACACUGGAGGCUUUUAAAUAUUGUGUAGAAAGCGAGUGUAAUUUUGUGGAAUUAGAUGUGAGGACCACAAAAGAUGGUCAGCUCAUACUCCUUCACGAUGAAGGCUUAGAACGUCUGACUUGGAGUUCUGAGAUCAAGGAUGUUAAACAAACCGAUUGGGAUAGCAUAAAAAAUAUUGAUGUGGGUGCGCUACAUGUUAAUAGGCAUAGAUUUAAAGAAGUACAUCUUUGUCUAUUAGAUGAUGCAGUGGAAUAUUUGCUGUCCAAAAAUGCCAAAAUGAUAAUUGAUGUCAAAGGUCACGAUAAACAGGUCAUUAAUGGUAUUGUAGAAGCGUUCUCAUCUCGUCCCACGCUUUAUAAGCAUGCAGUUGUCACUACCUUCAAUCCACUUGUACUAUACCAGAUACGCAAAAAAGAUCCUGAGAUAGUGGGAGCGAUCAGCUACCGGCCAUAUUGUUUUAGUGCGAAGCAGUAUGAUGCAGAACAUGGACCUAGGCAUCCUAGACAUGACAAUCUACUAUGGCACGCGGCGUCUCGUCUCGCGGACGUGGCGCACUCGCAGCUGUGGCGGGCGGCGGCGCGCUGGUGCGGGGUCAGUGCUGUGCUGGUGCACAAGGAUAUUGUGUGCCCAAGUGAAGCGUCAUAUUGGAGGUCGCUGUCAAUACGUUGUAUUGGCUGGAGCGUGAAUAGGCCUUUAGAGAAGUUGUAUUGGCGAGGUAGUCUGAAGUGUCCAUAUUUAGCAAACACUUUGUUAGGAGAGCCUAAGAUAGAACAAAAGAAGGAACAGCCAUCGGACGAUAUCUCCGGGCCGAUUGUAGAGAAUGCCGCUAGAUGUCGC